AUGACACCGCCUUUAAGGCGGCGUGGGCUCGGGACCGGGCAAACCUCCCAAACCUCACUUCUCCUCUUCCGUCCUCCUGCCUCACCAUCUCCCCGAACGCCGAAUUCCCUCCGCAUUCGAUUCACCUGUCACAAUGUCUCUCCUUGGAAAGAAGUUCCCCGGCGCUAUGGCCAAGCCUAUGGCUCCCUUCUUCGCUGCCGGCCUUAUUGUGCUCUACGGCGUCAACUCUCUCCAGAACGCUCUGUCCAACACCGCCCAGUUCAAGAGCGACCCCCGCAACCCCAACGCUAA